ACAGGAGCCGGCCGGGAGACGAUGACCAAGUACUGCCGGGCGCCCAACUGCUCCAACUCGGCGGGGCAGCCCCGGCCGGACAGCCAGCGCCUCAGUUUUUACAAGUUUCCUUUGCACAACCCCGAGCGGCUCAGGCAAUGGCUGUCGCAGAUGAACCAAGAAAAGUGGGUCCCGACUAAACACCAGCAUUUGUGCAGCGAGCACUUUGCGGCGUCCUGUUUUGAGCACCGAUGGGGAGUGCGCUACUUGAAGCCUGAUGCCAUUCCCACCAUCUUCCAGACCUCAGAUAGUCCACCAAAGAGGGAGAAUGCAGCCAGGCCCCCCUCGGAAGUGCCGGCUAAGAAGCUGAUCCUUGAACAUCACGGAGAGGGGAGCGUGCUGGGGAUGCGAGCCUCAAGUCUCCGGGAGCCAGAGGCCCUGGAAACACUUGCCAUAGCCCUAGACCCCGGAGUGGCUGCGGCCCCCAUCUAUGUGGAAACGCAGCCCUCUGCCUGCAACCUAGACCUCCGUGCCCUCUCGGCCCCUUUAGUCGGGGCCGUCAGCCUGGUGCCUCUGGUCCAGAUUGUGGAGCCCCUCAAGGCCGUGACGCUGACGGUGGCUUCCCCAGUGGAGGCUGUCCCCAGCCAGCCUUUGCCUGACCCAGCAGAGCAGCAGCUGGUGGACUUUGUGGCCUCUCUCCCCCCGCCAGCCCUGGAAACCAUGCCGGGCUCUUCUCUGGGGGUCUCAGGGCAGCUUUGCGCGGAGGUCGAGGUGCCAUGUGAGGUGGUGGCAGCGACAGAAGAGCCGCAGCUGCAGGCCCUGGUGGCGGAGCAGACUGUGGAGAUGGAGCAGGGCACCCUGGUCAUUGAGAAUGUCUCCAUAGAGCCAUUUCUGGAGGCCGAUUCCUCGGCCGCCGCGGUCCUGAGCUCCCUGCAGGUGUCGUCCACGGAGAUGGUGGCUUACUUUGAAACCAUCCCCAACGCCCCCGCUGCUGCCGUGACGCCUUCCAACGCGACCCCCCCUGAGACAGUGCUCUCCUCUGCCUUGAGCCUCCCCAUCGUCUCCACUCUCCCCAUCAUCUCCAACCAAGCCUCCCCCGAGGCCUCUGUGGCCGAGGAGCCGAGGCUGGAGGAACUGAGCCCUGCCGAGUCCUCGGAGGAGCAGCUGGAGGAGCACCACUACCACAAGGAGGCAGUGACAACGGCGGAGCUGGUGGAAGUGGUGAUGGGCCUCCAGAAGAAGGUGAAGGUCCUGCAGCAGCGCCACCGGCGGCACUGUGCCAAGCUGGAAGCCAUGGAGGGAGUGGUGGACCAGCUGAGGAAGGAGAACCUGGUGUCUGAGGAGAAGCUGAAACUCCUGGAGAUGGCCUGUUUGCAGACCAGCACCGAGAACGGCGGUGCGGUGGCCAUUAUCUGCCAGGACAGCGACCAAGCCCUGGUCUACGCCGUACCCCAGCUGGCGGAAGAAGGCAAUGAGACAGUCAUCCACAUGGAACAGCAGUAA